AUGAGUAUACUCUACUCACACGCAGGAGGUGUGAAGAUGUUCUCAUUAAGAGUCACAAGCAAGCAGAAAAGCGUGGUGAUGUGGGGCGGUUUGGCUAAUUUGUUGCUCAAAGAUUGGCCGCAGUUUGUUAUCCAGAUCCUAUACAAAACAUAUUCGCCAACAUACACACUCAUACCGCUUUUAACACUAGCGUCUUCUUCUCUAAUGCUGCUUGUAAAUCUGGCAACACGCAUAUUAUACGCGCACGAGCUCUACAAAGCACGGCGUGAAGUAAGAGAAGAGAACCCAGGUGGUGUUACGGAUACUGAUAUAGCAAACGAGGAACGAAUCAUAAGAGGCCCACCUUCCCGGGAAACGGAGGUUAAUUUUCCAAGUCCAGCAGCCAAUCCUCUCGCACCAUCCUUUCCCAUUAGGAACAAUCUAAACCGACAAUCUUCUCUGCCUCUUCUUCCCGCUCGUCCAUCUUUGCUUGCAUCUUCCGAUAACUCUUCCUUCGUAUUAACAAUCACACCAACGUCUUCACCCACGUCCACACCUGUACCCACUACGCCCAUAACUGUAGCUCAUCCCCCAAACCGACCUGUGCGCGGAAGUUACCUCGCGUCUUCUGCCCUUGGUGGUGUAUCCUAUAAAGAUGUGAUGAGCGAUGUAAGUGAUGAUAAAAGUAAGGAUGAGAGCGACUAUAAAAGCAGGGAUGAGAGCAAUGAUAAAAGUGAGGAUGAGAGCGGCGAGGAUGAAAUUGAGCAGAUAGCCAGGAGUAGCGAUAAGGGUAAAGGUGUGUUCAAAGAAGAGGAUAGAAAGGAAAGUAUGGAUGACGAUGAUCCAGUAUCUAUCACCGUCCCUGGAUUUACGUGGCGACGUGGUAUGGCUUCAAUAGCAAAUGUAGAUACUGACGAUGGCUGA